GAAAGUUGUUAAUAAGGGGAGAGAUAAGUCGAGGAGUAUUAUCAGUGACCUCUUGAUCAUUCACAUUAAUUAAUCGAACCUUGCAAGACUUUAUAUGCUGCAGUAAAUUUUUACACUUUGGAAUUAUUUUUUUAUUUCUUGUUUUUCUGCUGAUUACUGCCACAUAUUAUCUCGUAGACACAACGCCUCUCAAUAGCCUUAAAAUUAAUUCCCUGGAUAUAAAUCAAUGUCAAUGCAAGGUGAAAUUUUUAAUCUGAUUUUUGACGUAUAAAAACACCAAAAAUGGACAACGAUUUAUCGAUAGAAAAGCUCUUCGUCUUCAAAUUUCCUACAUGCACAACAAACGAAGAUUAUGCUCUGGAAAUUCCGAUACGAAUACCUUAUCAUGGCAAUGUCACAGAGUUCGCAUAUCGUAUAAUGUCAUCAUUUAAACUCCCAUCUUACGUUGAAACAGAUCUAAUGGAUUCACUAACCGAAAACGUAGGUAAGUGGACGCAGGAGUAUUACGACGACCGAGAUGACAAGCUGAUUGAUGCUGCAAUCAAUGGUAAACUGGAUGUUGAAAGGAUAGUUAAGGAUUGGGAAAAGGCAUAUAAAACGAAGACAGUCGAGUAUGCUGAACCCAUUGGGACAACUGACGAAGAGCUUUUCGCUGCUGCCUACCACAGACUCGUCCAUUCUCCUUCUCUCGAGCCUAUUUUGCAGGCUGAGCAUAAAUAUGGCAAAGAUGUCACUGAAGUUAUUCAAAUACGAGAUGGGGAAUAUGAGCAGCUAACACAAAAACAAACUGAUGAGAUGAAGCUGGCAGUGGAAGCUCUGGAAGCUGGAUCCACUGAAAAAUCUAUCAAUGAAAUGGCAGCGAGGCACUUUGAGGAACAAAGUUUAUUACAGGGUCACUGGGGCUCGAGAGUUGAUGCACUCAAAUUGGAACAACGUCGUCAAUAUCGUAAUUGGAUCAUGAGAUUGCUCGAGGAGCAACAGACUAAUAUGCUACCAACACCGGUUGAAUCCCCAAUGGUACCAAUGCCUUUGGCACCAGAACUCAUGUCAAACAAUGACAGUAAGACAGCCCGAAACACUUCAGACAUGCCACAGUUAGAAGAAAGUUUUACCAUACAUCUAGGCUCUCAAAUGAAACAAAUGCACAAUAUCAGGAUUUUAACUGGAGAUGUUCUAGAUUUUUGUAGAACGAAAAAUAAUGGAAAUAUGGAACCAACUCCACAAAGAUUGCAGACAGCUCUUGGACUGUACUCGAACGACCUUUGUGGUCUAGUUCUCCUGAGUGACAAUCAUCUAGGGAGUUACUCUGGUAUCACCAAAGAGCUCACUUCCAUUUGUCAAUUGACUACGGAAUUUCAUUUCCCUCCUAUUGACGAGCAAUUAGAAAAAAUCAAAGAGGAUGUUAAAGAAGCUGUCGCGUGGAGACAGACGCACCAUCGAGAGGGGAGUGAUAACCAGGUCAAGAAAUCAGCAUCUAGUCGAUCGCUACAAACUGGCGAUGUUUUUAUUUCAAGGCAUUCCAAUUUAGCACAGGUUCAUGUUGUGUUUCACAUGGUUGUCAAUGAUUCAUUACGUUCAGGCGAUAUCAACUCAAGAUGCCCAGCGAUUCUCGGCCUGAGAAAUAUUCUGAAAACUGCUUGCGUUAAUGAUGUGACAACCAUUACAAUUCCAGUAUUACUCGUCCAUGAAAUGACAGAAGACAUGACAGUCGCCUGGUGUACAAAACGUGCAGAACUUGUAUUCAAGUGUGUUAAAGGAUUUAUGAUAGAAAUGGCCUCCUGGGGAGGGGCAGAACUGAAAAAUUUACAGUUCCUAGUUCCAAAGGGAAUGUCUGAAGAAGUUUUUGGAACAUUGGCCACUAUGCUACCAAGUAUAUUCCGGGUGUCAAAUCCCCUGGUUUUCAAGGCGAAUGGUGCACCCAAUACACCGAAGAAAUAAAUCCAUAAAGGAAUUCAUUCUGAUUAUCAGGGAUGUUUUUUUUCCUUAAUUCAUAUAUGCCUUUAUUUUGCUAUGUGAGGUAUCGCCUAGCUUGCUCAAAUUUAAAAUUCAUCGGCAAUAAUUGUGAUAAGAUACUUGUUUAAUCAUUAAAUAAAUAACGAUUUAUCAUU